GUCUCCAGGCAGGGUCUAGCAGGACCUGCUGCCUCCAGGAUGGCGAGAUGGCUGCCCCGCUCCACCGACCUGACCCGCUUCUGCCGGAAACUCAACCGGGUGAAGACCUUGGAGGAUGACAUGAUGGAGACAUCCUUCAACAGAUGCCUUUCCACCAUUGACCUGACGCUGCUGGGCAUCGGGGGCAUGGUGGGCUCUGGGCUGUACGUCCUCACGGGCACCGUGGCCAAGGAGAUGGCCGGCCCUGCCGUCAUCGUCUCCUUCAUCAUCGCUGGCUUUGCCUCGCUCCUGGCUGCUCUGUGCUAUGCUGAGUUUGGAGCGCGCGUUCCCAAAACGGGCUCUGCCUACAUGUUCACCUACGUGUCUGUGGGGGAGAUCUGGGCCUUCCUCAUCGGCUGGAACGUGCUGCUGGAGUACAUGAUCGGGGGAGCUGCGGUGGCCAGGGCCUGGAGUGGUUACCUGGACUCCAUCUUCAGCCACAGGAUAAAGAACUUCACCGAGACCCACAUGGGCACCUGGCAGGUGCCGUUCCUGGCUCGCUACCCUGACUUCCUGGCGGCUGCCAUCCUGCUGGUCGCCACCACCUUCAUCUCCUUCGGGGCCAAAGUGUCCUCCUGGCUCAACCACGUCUUCUCGGCCAUCAGCAUGGGCGUCAUCCUCUUCAUCCUCAGUAUGGGAUUCGUCCUCGCACAGCCCAAGAACUGGAGUGCCCAGGAGGGCGGUUUUGCCCCGUAUGGGCUGUCAGGCAUCAUGGCUGGCACGGCCACCUGCUUCUACGCCUUUGUGGGCUUCGAUGUCAUCGCGGCAUCCAGCGAAGAGGCCAGGAACCCGCAGAGGGCUGUCCCCAGGGCCAUUGCUUUCUCCUUGGGGCUGGCCACUGGGGCCUACAUCCUGGUGUCAGUGGUGCUGACGCUGAUGGUGCCCUGGCACACGCUGGACCCUGACUCUGCCCUGGCAGAUGCGUUCUACAGGAGGGGCUACGCCUGGGCAGGGUUCCUGGUGGCUGCUGGCUCCAUCUGUGCGAUGAACACCGUCCUGUUGAGCAACCUCUUCUCCCUGCCACGCAUUGUCUACGCCAUGGCCGAGGACGGGCUCUUCUUCCGCAUCUUCUCCCGAGUGCAUCCCCGCACGCAGGUGCCCGUCAUUGGCAUUGUGGUCUUCGGCUUGCUCAUGGCCCUGCUGGCCCUUGUCUUUGACCUGGAGGCCCUGGUGCAGUUCCUGUCCAUCGGCACGCUGCUGGCCUACACCUUUGUGGCCGCCAGCAUCAUCGUCCUGCGCUUCCAGCAGCAGAAGGAGGAUGUCCCUGCGCCAGCCGCUGGUGGCCAACCCAGCCCCGAGCCCCACGAGGGUCCAUCUGCCGGCGAGCUGAAGGAGUACGAGUCCUUCUCCGACAAGCUGCAGCUGGUGGACAGGGACAAGAGCAAAGAGCACCGGGAGCCAGGGCAGCUGAAGGCAGCUUUUGAGCCUUACCUGGAGUUCCUUAGCGACUUCUACCCAGGUGAGGUGGUCACAGUGGCCGUGGUGACCUUGAUGGUGUCUGCCAUCUGCCUGUGCUCUGUCCUGGUGUUUGGCAGCACCCACCUCCACCUGCCCACCUGGAGCUACUCCCUGCUGCUGGUCCUCUUCAGCCUGGGCUUCCUGCUCAGCCUCCUGCUCAUUUGGGCGCACGAGCAGCAGCAUGGCACACAGACCUUCCAGAUCCCCCUCGUGCCCCUGUCUCCAGCACUGAGCAUCCUCCUCAACAUCUAUCUGAUGCUGAAGCUCAGCUACAUGACGUGGCUCCGCUUCGCUGUCUGGCUGCUCCUUG